AUGCCUCUAAAUGAUGAGAAACCAGGCUCCACGUCCUCCGGUGGUGAGGAUCAGAGCGAUGUGGAGUCUUUUUCCGAGCGCAGCAACAGUGUCACGUCUGCUAGUGACCUGGAUUGCUCUUCUGGGAGCUUUGGGAGCAAUAACUCCAGCAAACAAAGCACGCCAUCCUCCAGCCCGCCGGUAGUACUCACCUUGGAUGAAGUCAUGGAUUCUGCAAGAGACCUCUCAAAUUUGAGUCUUGCCCAUGAGAUUAUUGUGAAUCCAAAAUUUCACUUUGAAGCCAAGAGCCCACCAAAGGAUAGCUUAUAUAGAUUAGUUAAAGAUAACAUCCACAAGGCAUUCUGGGACAUCCUGGAAGCUGAGCUCAAUGAUGAUCCGCCAGAAUAUGGACAAGCCAUUAAGCUUCUGGAAGAAAUUAGAGAGACAAUGUUGUCAUUCCUACACCCUGGAGCCAGAGCCAAUCGCAUGUCUAGCCAGAUUAUGGAGGUUCUGGACAUUGACCUAAUCCGUCAGCAGGCUGAUAAUGAUGUCAUAGACAUACAGGGCCUUGCAACAUAUAUUAUAAAUAUGAUGGGCAAAUUGUGUGCACCAUCACGGGAUGAAGAAAUCAAGAAGCUCAGAGAAAACACAGCAAACAUUGUGACACUUUUCAGGGAGAUUUUCCGUGUUCUGGACCUGAUGAAAGCAGACAUGAUAAACGUGAAAAUUGACAUUAUUCGACCUGUCCUACUCAAGGAAGGUAUUGAAUAUGAAAGGGCAAAAUUUCAAAGCAUUUUGGACAAAACACCAAAGGGACUUGAUAACACCACCCAGUGGAUCAAAGGUGCAAUAAAUGAGCUGCAGUCUGUUUUUAGCUCCUCUGAAGGGAAGCAGUCAGCUGUUCCAGGGCCUUUCCAGGUCCUAAACACCGCCUUCCUUCAUGUGCUCACCUGGGACUACAGCAAGAACACACUACCAGAGACCUUAAUGACAGACGAACGUCGUUUCCGGGAGAUCCAGGAGCAGUUGCUGCAGUGUCAAGCGGUGAAUGAGAUACUGCUCAUUGUUUAUAGCACAAUCGGAGGAGCUAUUCAGGGACUGCCAACUCUGUCCGAGCGUCUGAAGAGGAUGACUAUUGUACUACUUGAUGGAAUGCACAGACCUGAGUGUAACCUUGAAGAGACCCUGCAGGGCAUCGGUGCACACAUCUGUUGUGAGCUGAACAAGUCUCUCACAGACAGAGGGUACCCUGCUUUGAGCCCAGCGCUGCAGGCAUCUCUUACUGGACAGAUAUGCAGAAUCACCCAAAAAGAUAAUCCCAUUCGCACUCUUGUUGAGGACCGUGUGAAAGAGUACUUCAAGAUGCUCCUCUGUGAUGCCAGACCUGAGGGGAAACUUGAACAUGUGCCAUCUGGUCUGACCAUCAUCAAACCUGACCUAAUGCCAGUGGCAGCCAAUGCUCCAUAUAUUUCUUGUUCCUGGGAAUCGAAUAAAACAACUAAAGGCGACAAGCAGGGCCCCAAGCCUCCUGGAUGGUGGAUGUGCAGCAAAGCCAUGGCACUGGAUGAAAGAUCCCUGAGUUGUUUGCUUCGAGUCCGUCACAGACUGGAGCAGGACAUCAAACCCACCUAUUUGAUGGAUCACAUGAUCAGUGAUGGAGUGAUGACGGUAGAUGAAGAAGAGAAUGUCAGGACUAGAGCAACAAGAAAGGAUCAAGCUGUGGCACUUCUUGAGUUGAUGCUCCGGAAAGAUAACCGUGCCUACAUUUCAUUCUACAAUGCGUUAAUAAAGGAGACAUAUGACGACUUAGCCAGCUUGCUUCAUGCAGACUUACCAUGCUCAUCACCAUCAGGAUACAAGAGUUGUAUUGACGGUUAUACACCUCAUGUUCAGACCGUCCUCAGUGAGGGUGGUGUACCUCAGAGGCCAGUUGUAUUUGUCAGUAGACCUGAGCUCUUGAAUAGAGUCCGAGAGAAACUUUAUCAGCUUCAGAAGGAGCCUGGCUGGGUCACUAUUUUCGGGAUGGCCGGAUCUGGCAAGUCCGUGCUCGCUGCUGAGGCUGUUAGACACCACAACGUCAUAGAAGAGUGCUUCCCUGGAGGCAUCCACUGGUUGUCCAUUGGUCAGCUGGAUAAGCCAGACCUACUUGUGAAGAUCCAGUCGCUGUGCUUUCGGCUGGAACAGGGAUUAGAUGCACAGUUGCACCAUAGACCGCCAAACUCACUGGAGGAGGCCAAAGAACGCUUACGCUUCCUAAUUCUUAAAAGAUAUCCCAGAUCCUUGCUGAUUUUAGAUGACAUCUGGGAUAGUGCUGUACUGAAAGCAUUUGAUAUUAAUUGUCGAAUUAUGCUGACUACGAGAAACAGAAGUCUCACAGAUUCUGUCAGUGGUGCAAAGUUUGAAGUUGAAGUAGAAAGUGGUCUGGAUGAAAAGAAAGGAUUAGAGAUUUUAGCUUUGUAUACAAACAGUAAAAUCCAUGGACUUCCUGAAGAGGCGCGCAAUAUUGUCAAAGAAUGUAAAGGAUCUCCUCUUGUGGUGUCUCUCAUUGGGGCCUUAUUGAAAGAAAGGCCCGAUCGUUGGCGCUACUACCUGGCCCAGCUCCGACAGAAGCAAUUCAAGCGUAUAAGAAAGUCCUCCUCCUAUGAUUAUGAUGCUCUUGAUCAGGCUAUGGCCGCCAGCAUCGAGGUGCUCCCUGAGGAACACAGGGAACUGUAUAAAGACUUGACUGUUUUGGAGAAGGACGUCAAAGUGCCUGCUAAGGUGCUAUCCAUAUUGUGGGACUUGGAUGUUGAGGAGUUAGACUUCUUGAUAGAGCAAAAUCGCAGUGAAAUUGAGGGUCUUCACACAAAGGUUGUGCGUCAGUACCAGCAGUUCUAUAAAAGUAGACAUCCUACUUCAGGUGAUGAAGAAAGUCUCUACUGGAUUCGAUUCCUGACAGAUCACAUGGCAAAAGCCAAUCUUACUCAGGAGCUGUACUCCCUUAUGUUCUCACUGGACUGGGUAACUAUUAAAUCACAAGUUAUGAGUCCAGCUCAUCUUAUCAAUGACUACAUAGACCAUGGACUCAUGUUGGAUGAAGUAAAUAGCGUGGUACGCAGUCAGUUCCAGGAGUUUCUGUCUUUGAAUGGUCACCAGCUGGAGCAUCGUCCAGAUGUGGUGCAGCUGGCCCUGUCCGAGCCCCACACCUCAGAGGUCUACAGACAAGCACACAGGCAGGCGCUGGAGCGGUCCAGCAAAGGAAAACUCUACUUUGACUGGCUAAAUAAAAACUGCGUAGAGAGUCUGUCUCGUUUGGUAAUACACCCGCAGCAGGGCUCUCUAUACUCUGCUUGUUUCUCUCACGAUGGAACAAAGAUAGCAUCAUGUGGAGCCAGUAAGACCCUGAAGAUAUUCAAAAGCAAUUCAGAUGACCAAUUAAUAGCUACCUGCUCUAGUGACAGAAAAGUGAAGGUGUGGAAUGUGGAAAGGGCAAUGCUUAUACGAGUCUUUGAGGAGGAGCACGAAGAGCAGGUCAACCACUGUCAGUUUACAAACACCACACAGCGGCUUUUACUGGCCACAUGUUCCAAUGACAAGUUCUUAAAUGUUAAACUUUGGAACCUCAACAAGCCGUCUUCUCAGAACACCAUGUUUGGUCAUUUUGAACCUGUCAACCACUGCUGUUUUUCACCAGAUGAUGCAUUUGUCUCCACCUCCUCUAAUGAUGGCACUGUGAAGCUUUUUCAGGCGUCUUCUGCCAAUGAAUGGAAGGCAAUAAAUGUUAAAGACAUGUUUGAUGGUGAAGAAGAAGUACUUGUCAAAUGCAGUACUUGGACCGCCGAUGGGAAACAGAUCGCAUGCGCCGCCAGACAUGCAGUUUUGGUGUUUGAAGUUGCCACUGCUGAUAUGCUGUUUGAGGUCCGAACAAAUAGAUUAAGUACAGUGCAGUUCUCUCAAGCCUGCCCUACAAGUAGCCUUCUCGCCAUUGCAUAUUCAAACUAUGGGGUUGAGCUGUGGGAUCUGGAGUCUAGAAAAAAGAUGGCUGACUGCAGUGGUCACCUGAGUUGGGUUCAACGUCUUCAGUUCUCCUCGGAUGGUUCUCAGCUCCUCUCCUGCUCUGAUGACCAGACUGUUAGGUUAUGGGAGACAAACAAAGUGCACACUUCUUCUGCUGUUUGCCUGAAAAGAGACUCUGACAUCAUAUUCAGUGAUGAAGAAAUCAUUGUUUCAGCUGCUGACUUUUGUAACAGGCUGCAGGUGCGUGAUGGGAAGAAAGGACAGGUGUUGUUCCAGUCUGAGGAGAAGCCAUCAAGGAUUCGUUGCACCUGUUUGUGCCAACAGCUCUCCAUCGUGGCCCUGGGACAAGAAGAUGGCACUGUGCAGGUUUUGGAGGUUCCCUCUGGAAAGAUUUUAUCUUCUCUUCAAGGCCACACAAAGACUGUGUUCCACUGCCAAUUCAUCCAGAACGGCCAAACUCUCAUCACAUCCUCUGAGGACACUACUCUCCGGUUGUGGCGCUGGCAGUCAGGGGAGUGUAAAGUACUACAAGGCCAUACGGAGCAAGUCAGAGGUUUCUCCGUGUUGUCCAACCCCCCCUCAGGGGUGUUAUCUUGGUCUUUCGAUGGCACAGUUAAGGUGUGGGACAUGGAGAGUGGACAACAGCUACAAGACAUUGACGCUCAUAAAGGAGCCAUCCUGUCCUGUCAAGUCUCACCAGAUGGAUCUCUGUUCACCACCACCUCUGCAGACCGGACUGUCAAGGUGUGGCGCUGUGAAACCUGGGACUGUGUUCACACACUUACGGGCCACUCCGACUGCGUCAGGAGCUGCAGAUUCUCAUGGGACGGUCGGCGCAUAGCAACAGGAGACGACAAUGGAGAGAUAAGACUCUGGAGUGUUAAAAAUGGCGCUUUAAUGAAGAUUUGUGCUCGAGAAGGAAAAGAUGGCAUGGACUCACUUCACGGAGGCUGGGUGACUGAUAUACAUUUCUCACCCGACGACUCUGUCCUCGUCUCCACAGGAGGAUACAUCAAGUGGUGGGAUGUGGAGAGAGGAGAGGCGCUGCAGACCUUCUACCCUAAAGGACUUGCCCUAAAGAAGAUCCACGUGUCUCCAGACUUCUCAACCUUCGUAACCAUCGACAACAUUGGCAUUUUGUACAUCCUAGAAAAAGUCACUCCUUAA